CCCGAUCGAUAUAAGCGCUCGAGCGCGGACUGUUGUGCACGCAUCGAUCUCCGACCUUGAAUCUCUAUACCCAUAACUACAGCGUCGAACACAUGCGCGACGACGGAGCGACGACAAUGCCGCCACGGUCAGCGCCGUCUCGGCCGCCUCCGUGGGAGGCGCUCUCCCUCGUGGCCAACUUCCUCGAUGCGGCGUCUCUCGCCGCGGCUUCCUGCGUCUCCACCUCCUGGCACGCCGCCUUCUCCGACGACCACCUCUGGGCGCGGCUCUGCCGCUGCCACUACCCCUCCGCCAUCGGCCUCCUCCCCUUGUACAACAACGUCAAUGCCGGGGACCGAUGCUCCUCGCCGCACCGGCGCCUCUUCGCGCUGUUCCACGCCGCCGCCUCCCGCGGCCGCUCACUCCCAGCGCCUCGCCUGGCCCUCGACGACGUCACAUUCGCCAUCGACCUCUUCGCGGCCGGCGGAAAGAACACGCUCUCGUUCGCCGUCGCUGCGUCCGACGCCGGCGUAAAGAAGGCCCCCGGGGGCGUGUUCCAGUUCGCGGUGGACGUGAGUGACCGGAACGCGGUGGCCGGGCCGGGCAAGCACUGGAGCGUGCGGUGGACGGCUGUUCGGACGGGGCACGGGGUCGCGCCAGCUGCGGCGAUCGUGAUGAUGGACGCCAAGGUGCCAGCGUCCAGGGCCGGAGCGCUCAGCUGUGGCGUGAGGGGGGAGGCGUGGGCCACGGUGGCGCUGCCUGCGCCGGGAUGCGGCGGCGGGAAGCUCGAGGCGGAGGUCGUGGUCGAGGUGAGCGGCGAGGACAGGCUGGUGGAGAAGGUGAGGAUCGGGGUGUUGUUGGAUUGUAGGUACGUGAGCGUCGACGCGGGGCUCAGAUACUUGCAGCAUUUCCUCUUGUAAUACGUGUAUAUGUGCUGGUGGCCAUGGUUCUGUUUUAGCUUAUCUGUUUGCAUACGUGUUCGUGUUGUAACCUGCAAUCGUUGGAAACGCAAUUCUUUGGGGACUGCUCAGUCCAUGAUCGAUUA